AACUCUAUGCCCCCCCCCCCGCACGAAAUUGGACGGUGCAUGCGCAGCGCGCUGGGGGUUCGAGGCGGUAAAGCUGCGUAUUUAGGGUCUGCGGACGCCCAGAAAAUUUUGACUGAGGUCGGUGCUAGUUGGCUGUGACUGCCCAUCACGACAUCAGCAGCGCCCCAUCCGUGAGUGGUCGUUUUGAGCAAAAUCACCAAGACCUGUAUUCUCUGUGGCUGCGAACAAGUCAUGUAGCCGGAUUGAGCCUUGAUUUUUCCAGCUGGAAAGUGGAGCUAACUGUUCGUAUCUAUUGAGCUGUUGAUGAGCUAGAUCCUUCCACAUGGAUGCUCCAAAGAGCUUCUUGACUGCUCCCCUGUGUGGCCACAGGCUUGAUUCAGUUAAUCCAUGCUACCAACUUUACAGAGUGCAGUGUGCAGUAUGACCCAAAAGUCAAUCUCAGACUCAAAAUCCUGUUGGUUACACGAAUGGCUCAAUAUGAAGAGUGCACAGAGUUAUCAAAAAGCCCAGAGGCAAGAUUUACUAGGAACCGACCAUCUUGGAGAAUACCACGUGAUUGUAUGAGUGUCUGUCUGGAGAAUCACAAGUUCCGAGGCCAGCUUGGACUGCAUUGCAGUGUUGUCAUUUGAAGUUGAACAUGGCAGAAGAAGAGGAUUACAUGUCAGAUUCCUUCAUUAAUGUUCAAGAAGACAUCAGACCAGGCGUGCCCAUGCUGAGGCAGAUCCGAGAGGCCCGUCGAAAAGAAGAAAAGCAGCAGGAAGCUAAUCUGAAAAACAGGCAGAAGAGUGUGAAAGAGGAAGAGCGGGAAAGACGUGACAUCGGGUUGAAGAAUGCACUAGGCUGUGAAAACAAGGGAUUCGCUUUGCUCCAAAAGAUGGGAUACAAGAGUGGCCAGGCUCUGGGCAAGAGCGGAGAUGGCAUUGUUGAACCAAUUCCUAUCAAUGUCAAAACAGGAAAAAGUGGCUUAGGUCACGAGUCAUUACUAAAACGGAAAGCAGAGGAGAGGCUGGAAAACUACAGGAGAAAAAUCCACAUGAUAAACCAAAAUGAAGAAAAGGCUGCCGAGCAGUUCCGGAUGCGACUGAAAAGUAAGCAGGAUGAGCUGAGGCUCGAAGGCGACCUGAGAAGGAGCCAGCGAGCUUGCCAGCAGCUGGACGCCCAGAAGAAUAUUCAGGUUCCCAGGGAGGCAUGGUACUGGAUAAGGCCUGAAGAGGAGACUGAGGAAGAGGAAGAGGAGGAGCAGGAUGAAGACGAAUACACGAGCGAGGAUUUGAGUAUGCUGGAGAAACUGCAGAUACUCACUGGCUACUUACGAGAAGAACAUCUGUAUUGCAUUUGGUGUGGGACAGCCUAUGAAGAUAAAGAAGACCUAUCUUCAAAUUGCCCAGGACCAACCUCUGCAGAUCAUGACUGAGAUUGUUCCCAAUAAAGUAAAAACUAUCUAUGCCGGUGUGGAAAGAA